GUAACUCGCUCUCUUGUCAUUAUAAACCUCUUCUACUAUUGCUGUAUUUCGUACACCUUUAUUUUUGCUGUAUAAUACAUAUAUAUUUUUUAGACUUAAAAGAACAGCGGCGCUCGGAUAAUAAAAAUGGACGUACAACGGCUUGUUGACGCAUAUAUAAUUGGGCUCGGCGACAACGCCGACAACACAGAGUUCCGUGAAGCCCUGGUAUCCCGCAUAACCAACGGCGACAUUUCGCUUCUCGAGCUGGUCCAAGCACUGGGGGAGUACUUGGCCAGCGAGGAAGCCAACCGGCGCAGCAAAGGCCUGCAUGUACUCUCCGAUGUCCUGAACGAUCUCCCCGAAACUUCCAUUCCUUCGCAGGCGAUCUCCCGACUGGUCCAGUUUUUCAGUGCGCGCCUCUCCGAUGCCACAUGCGUUCCCCAGGUGCUUACAGCAAUCAAUGCUCUCUUGCGCCUACCCACCUUCACCGAUGAAUUCACUGCCGACGUGCUCAAUGCAUUGUUCAAAGAGGUACACGUGCAGAGCUUCCAAUACUCGACGCGCAGCGCCGCAUACCAGCUCAUUGAGCUCGCCAUGGCCAACAACCCGCGGGCGGUGCAGCAGAUGGGCGAUGCCUUUGUCUUGGGCUUUGCGCAGCUGCUAGAUGGUGAAAAGGACCCGCGGUCCUUGAUCGUCGCCUUCCAGAUUGUUCCCAAGAUUGCCGCACUCGUGGAUAUCCGGAACAACGCAGAGGACCUGUUCGAGGUUGUCUUUUGCUACUUCCCCAUCACAUUCAAGCACCGCGACGGUGACCCCUCGGCCAUCUCGCCCGAGUCGCUGAAGAACGCUCUGCGCGCAGCCAUCACUUGCUCGCCACAUUUUGGCAAGAUGGCAGUCAAGCCGCUGGUCAACAAGACGACAGCAACGGCGACGAGCGCCAAAAUUGAUGCCUUGGAGACUCUAGCUGCUGGUACUCACCAGUUCUCUGCCGAUGCUUUCAAGAGCGAGCUAGAGGUGCUUGUUGAGCAGAUCCGCGAGGAUGUGGUCAUGUCUGCGGACGAGAAAGUAGUGAGCGCGGCGCUUGAGACCCUGGAGGCCGUAUACGCCGUGAUCUCACCAUCGGCGCCCGCUGCCAGCGAGAUUACCGAAAUAGGAGAGUCAUCUUCCCCGCUAGACUACGUCCUCAAGGAGGCCAUGUUUCAGCUGACCGGCGAUGGGGUCAAGAACCCCGAGCAGAUAGGCAAGAUCCUGCGGUCCGUCGCGCGGUCAUCCGCAUACAACUGCUCGGUGGUCUCUGACGCUGUCCUGCCCAUCAUUAUCGAGCGCCUGGAAUCGGCCGAUGUUCUGACGGUGCGCCGUGAACUGAUGGAUGUGCUCAACUACGUGCUUUCCGCCAGCUGCGACGUCGAGAAGAAGGCCGAGUGCCUGGAUGCUGAGAAAACCAACCUGCUCAAUAUCUACCGCCCGGACACAUCGAUCCCGCUGGACAAAGAGUACAGCUUCUUGCACAUUGUGCGCCUCAAGGGAAUCACGCUGCUCACGCUGCUCCCUGGCUUCCUAAAUGAGAACGAAACCGCCGUUGCCCUGCAGACCCUUGCUCGCGCGGCUAUUGAGCGCAAUGAGGACGAGAACAUCAACAAGGAGGGCACGCAUCUUUUGAUCCAGCUUUCGCAGUCAAACUCUGGCCAAAUCCAAACCGUCGUCUUGCCCAUGUUCUUUGCAGCCCUGCGCGGCAACAUGGUGGCCGCUCACAAAGUUUCCCGGCUUUUGAACGCUCUGGGUGCACUUGGCGUCUCCGCACCCAAGGUUCUUACCCCUGUGCUCGCAGGGCUCGUGGCACUCAUUGUCUCUGGUAACUUGGCUCCGCCGCAUUGUUUGGCAGCCACAUCAACCAUCCGCAAAAUGGUUGAGACCGUCGUGGUGUCCAAAGAUUCGCUGGACCUGUGCUCCGAGCUCAUCAGCCUUGUUGUCAGGCCGUUGUCGGACUGGGUUUACGGUCUUGCUGAAAAGACAGCUGCUGUCGAUGAGCACGCUCUGUCGCUGCUCGUGCUGGAGAUCGCCCGCACCACGGUUUCGGUGUUCAGCAAGCUCGAGGCUGCGACGCAGGAGCAGUACCUUGUGGAUUUGUUUGCACAGUACCAGGCUGCCGCUCUGCAGACUGGUAGCUCCCCAGCCACCUCGGCACUCUGCCGCCUUUUGCCGCUGUUCUCCGCCGCCAUCUGCUCGUGCUGGCCGCAGACCAAGUUGCCGAUCGACAACCUGGGCGCAUUCCUCGAGAGCCUCGCGGCCGCCUGUCUGGCCACCGACAGCAUCACGCAGCGUGACGCAGGCUUUGAGAUCAUCGCAUCAGUUAUCAACAAGACAGGCGAUGUCAAGAGGCGCGGCGAGCUCACACAGGUUAUCCUGAGGCAGGCGGAGUUGAGUGAUUUGAAUUCUCAAAGUGUCUCGCCCGUGCUUCUUCGCCACUGGAUGGCACGCGCGCUGGUCAGCUGCAACGAUAAGAAUGGCUAUGACUGCGUGCACUGGCUCCUGGAUCUAAUCUCCCACUCCUCUGUUCAUUCUGUGGCUGCCGCCGAGGGAUUCAGCAUUAUUCUCGGCGAACACGACUGGUCGGUCACCGCGGCAACCCACGCUGUGUUCCGCAUUCUCUCGAAGCAGCGCUUCUACGCUACCGUUGUGCCCUCCAUUACAGCCAAAUUCCAGAGCACCACUGAUGAUCAGGUCAAGACCAAUCUCCUCGUGGCCCUGACUAAUGCCGUGAAACAUAUGCCCAAGAGCGUCCUGAUGAACGGUAUCGAGAGCAUCGUACCCCUACUGCUCUCUGCCAUCCGUUUGACUGCCGGCAGCUUGAAGGCUGCUAGCAUCCGUACUAUCAUUAUGGUUAUUCUGGAAUCCCCGGAUACUUUGCAAAACUGGUUGGUCGCGGACAUUGUUCCUCUGCUUGUUGCGUCCAUGACACAGGAUGAUCCGGCGAAUACGGUGGAGGUUCGUCGAGCGGCCAAUGAUGCGCUGUCGCUUGUGCCCGAGAAGUACCAGUACCCUGUUUUGCACACUGUGCGGAAGGCUGUGCUGCGCGCGUUGGCGGCUGCGCGCGAUGACCGCAAGCGGCUGGUUCGCCAGGACGCGACAAAGGCGUACAACAAGUGGCUCAGCCUCGGCGAGUCGUAAAUAGCAAAUAUUUUUUGAUUGGUUAUAGCAUGUCAAUUUGUUUACAUGUCACAAUUAUUAC